CUGAAAGAGCUGUACACGCUGCUGAACGAGAACUACGUGGAGGACGACGACAACAUGUUCCGGUUCGAUUACUCCCCCGAGUUCCUGCUGUGGGCCCUGCGUCCCCCAGGCUGGUUGCCCCAGUGGCACUGUGGAGUCCGAGUUGUCUCCAGCAAGAAGCUGGUUGGGUUUAUCAGUGCGAUUCCAGCCACUAUCCACAUCUAUGACACAGAGAAGAAGAUGGUCGAGAUUAACUUCCUCUGCGUCCACAAAAAGCUGCGCUCCAAACGGGUGGCUCCGGUUCUGAUCCGCGAGAUCACGCGGCGGGUCCAUCUGGAGGGGAUCUUUCAG